CGUCGGGCCGCAGUCGAGUUUUAAAUGCGCGCAACAGUGGUCGGACCACGACAGUGUGCACAGAACGCUUCUGACGCGCAGCGGUGCUCCGGCAGGGAACAGAUUUUUUCGAACACACGCGACUCUAUACACGCGCGCGCGCGCACGGUGUGGAAUCGGGUUCAUCAUUUCGAAAACAUUGGUUUUGUUCGGAGCGACGGGCGUUUUUUAGUGGUGGUAUUUUUAUUUUUAUUUCUCUCUCACUCGCCCAUGAAAUGGUCGGUAGACGUGUUAUUUGAAAGCACACGGUUGUUCGCGAAUCGGUUGAAAUAAUCGUGCAACGCGUCACGUUUGAUCGGCCGCACACGGAAAAUGGCUAUCUCGGAAAUGUGUAGCGCCGAGAACAUCAUGGGUUCCAAGUUGAUGUUGGCGGCCGGCAUUAAGUCGGCGAAAAUCAAGGACGAGCCGUUGUUGAAAGACGACCCGUUCGAGUCGACAAAGCUGAUUAAAGGAAGUUCGCUUAAGCAGAUCCUUGUCGCCUUAGCGGCCAACUGUGGCACCAUAAAUACUGGUCUUGUGUUCGGAUACACCGCCGUAAGUUUACCUCAAUUGAAAAUGCCAACUUCUCGUAUUUUUAUCAAUAGAAGUCAAGCCUCCUGGAUAGCUAGCGUGUCGACCAUUGGAACCCCGUGCGGUUGCAUACUCGCUGGUUAUCUCACAGACCUGUUAGGUCGCAAAAGGACCCUGAUCGCCCUACAGUUGCCCGCCAUCGUAGGAUGGCUGUUGGUUGGUUUCGCUCCUUCACUCCCGUGGAUCUACGUUGGCAGGUUCCUGGUGGGCCUGAGCUCCGGAAUGAUCGGAGCGCCUUCCAGAGUGUACACGGCCGAGGUUUCGCAGCCGCAUGUCCGCGGCGUGUUGGCCGCGUUCGCGUCCGUGGGCACAUCUUUAGGUGUGAUGUUGGAGUAUUCGAUUGGUUCCGUAGUGGACUGGGAUACGUUGGCGAUCAUCAACGCCACAGUGCCCGCUCUAUCUCUGCUGCUGGCUUUCUUCAUACCUGAAUCACCUUCAUGGUUGAUAUCGUCCAAAAAAGACGAAACCCGUUGUAGGGCCAGCUUGAAAAGGGUACGCGACAGCAAGUGUGACGUGGAAACCGAAGUGCAAGACCUAAUAACGUUUUCGAUGGCUAACGAAUCGACUUCGUUCAAAGAAAAACUUCGAGUCAUAUGUCAACCAUCCACUUACAAGCCUUUUGUAAUAGUAUCGUUGUAUUUCCUACUAAGUCAGUUUUCCGGUUUAAACGUGGUCACGUUCUAUGCGGUCGACGUGAUAAGGGAUUCAGGAUCGUCAAUCGAUAAGUACGCGGCUACUAUAGUACUGGGAAUCAUCCGGUUGAUAUUUACCAUAAUCGGUUGCAUGUUGAUGCGACGGUUGGGCCGCAAGCCGCUAUCUUACAUAUCUAGUGUCGGGUGCGGCGUGUCGAUGAUAUGCUUUGCCGGUUACAUGUACAAGAAUGCCAUUUGGAGAGCCGCCGGAGAGCCGGCCGUGGUCACGUGGUUCCCGACCAUGGUGUUGUACGUGUUCUACGCCUGUUCGACCAUCGGCUACCUGAUCGUGCCCUGGGUGAUGAUCGGCGAAGUGUUUCCCCGGCAGAUCAGAGGAAUGAUUGGCGGCGUGACCACGUGCGUGGGCCAUUUCUGCAUAUUCAUCGUGCUCCAAACGUAUCCGUACAUGCAGGAGGUGUUCACCAAGCCAGGCACGUUCGGCGUGUACGGUGUCGUGUCGUUGCUGAGUACGUGGUUCUUCUAUUACUAUUGCCCGGAGACCAAGGGCAAGACGCUGCAGGAGAUCGAGGAAUCGUUCGGCAAGAAGAAACCGAAGAAGCCGAUCGUGACCAUCGGCACCACGAACGCUUACAUCGCCUCCACCGGCGUCCGCUCUUCCGCCGCCGCCGCCGCCGCCGCCUUGAACAAUAAUAACGACCAAACGUACAUGUUCCCCGAUAUCGCACACGCAUUACCGAACCGCACGUCCAACGGGGUCGUAUAGGUGUUCCCGACGGUUUUAUCGUCGCCCGAGGAAAUAUAUCGCCAUUGAUUUAGUUCCUUCAAGUAUUUUUGAACGUCCGACGAAGCAAUCUUGAUGAAAAAAAAAUUACUCAUCGAUGUAGAUAUUUGUCCUUUAUAUUUUCAUGGUUAAGUAUUGUUUUUUUCGAGGCUUUCGGAACGUUCAAAAUCCGCGACAUUAACUAUCGCAUUUUUACUUUACCUAUCGUAAUAUUAUUAAUGUAAUAUUAGAUUUAGAUUAUCGUUUACCUUUAUAGUUGUUUUUAAGACUGACUAAAAAAUGAUUUACUAUAGAUUUAGAAAAAAUUUACGUUUUGUUAUAAGUGAAUAUGUUAUGUUGUUUAAAUAUUUAUACAAGAAAUUUUUUUUGUACAUUUUAAGUGAUUUUUAGUGAUUUAUAUUCAUACAUUCAUUCAUUAGAAAUUAUCAUUAUUCUCGAUAUGUUUUCAUUUCUAAAACCCAUAGGUUAUGUUUUUUAUUUAAAACAGUAAGUUUAAAUACAACGUUUAAUUAUUUAUUUUACUA